UGUCCGGGAAAGGAGGAGACCAGGGAACUUGGUUGAACAAGUUGUGGACCAGGUGUGCUCCUACUCUGCCCAGCACAGAGUGCCUAUUCCUGGGUAGAAAGAGCAAGAGAGGCCCCUCUGGGGCUGGAUCAUGGGACAGAGCCUUCCUCUGGAGACCCCAGCUCAGGACCAACACCAACACAUCCACUGCAGCAAUGAUGAAGUUGACCACCUGCACAACACGACGGGGGGAGAUGGGGACGGCACCCCUAUCCCAUGCAAGGGCAAGGGCAAGUUCUCUACCAUUGGCAAGAUCUUCAAACCAUGGAAGUGGAGGAAGAAGAAAAGCAGCGAGAAGUUUACGGAAACUUCAGAAGUUCUGGAGAGAAAGAUGUCGAUGAGGCGACCGAGGCAGGAGCUUAUAGAACAGGGAGUGCUGAAGGAGCUCCCGGAGAAUGAAGGGGACGAUCCUCACAGCCCCAAACAGCCCUAUGUGAAGAAUGGCCACACCCUGCCCAUGGGUGGAGGUGGUGGAGGGGGCAGAGGGCAGGAUAACCAGACAAGACCCACCUCAGACUCUGGGAUGAACCCAUCAGACUUGAAGAUUAACCCAGCCUGGCUGCCACAGCCAGAGGACCGCCGGGUCCGCUUCCCCUCGGACGGAGACCGCCAUGGGGACCAGGGUGGCCCCAGAGGCUCUGGACAGCAGGAGGAGGGCCGGCGAGGAGGGGGAGGAGGACGAUCCCAGGGGGAGGGGGAGGGGGAGUGGAAGUCUAACAUGGCCUGGCAGGGCCAGGGGAUGGGCCAGUCGCAGGGGAUGGGACAGGACCAGGGGGAGGAGGGGAGACGCGGGGGCAGACUCCACUCUUCUGACGGAGACAAGCGGCCGGGCCUGCAGAAGGCGCCAUCAGAGGACGGUAGGAGGAGUCGCCCCGCUGAGACAGCAUGGAAGCCCACCCUUCCCCGGCACGCAUCCGCAGAGGAGGGAAGGGCCCGUAGAGAAUCAGAUAGCCAUUUUGUUCCUGACCCAGAUUCGCUGCGGGACACUCUCCGAGAGCCGCUGCCCCCCAAACAGUCUGUUAUGCCCCCCAAGUGGCUGAUGAGCUCCACCCCCGAGCCCGGCAACGAAGGGUCACCCUCACCCCGCACCCCAUCCAACCACCCUGCAACCACGUACUCUUCCUCCUCCUCUUCUUCCUCUGCAGUUGCAAAGCCUGCCCGAAAUGUCUCCUCUGCAGGCGCCAACCCCCAAUCUUCAGCAAUAGUGUCCCUUGUGCCAUCCUCCACCCCCCAGGUGACCAAGCAGCCUCCCCUCCCCCCGCCCAAGCCAGUCAACAGGGGCGGCAACGCGGCCAUGUUGGGCGACCUCACCCAGGCCGGUACCAACCUUGUGUCAACUAAGCCCUCCCCACCGAUGCCCCCCAAGAGGACCACCCCUGUCACAAAGCGCAACCCGGAGGACCCCUCUGUGUCCUCUCAGUCUGUCUCCUCCCCCUCCCUGCUUUCUCCUGAGGACCAUCAUAACCACUCAGUGGGCUUCCAGAUGCCUCCCCCGUCCCCGCCCUUACCCACACACAUCCCCCCUUCUCCCCCCGCCAGCAUCCACACGCACUACCUCCACCACCAGCAUUCCUACCAACAUCCCAUCCCCCAGCCCUUGCUCUUUGACCCUCCCAGCCCCACCAGUGAGCCCCCCCAGCGUCCAGCCCCCGUCCCCCUGCACAUCAUGAUCCAGAGGGCCCUGUCCAGCCCCGGCCCGGCCCAGCCACACCCCGACGUCUCCCAGCGCUCAGCCCACUCCCUGCUCUUCGAGACACCGCCCGAGUACCAGGGGGACCGUGGCCGGCCCCUAGCUGUCAGCAUCCAGCCUCUGAAACUGGCUGAGGAUGACUACUCUGAGGAGGAUGAUGAAGAAGAAGAGGAGGAGGAGUACGAUGGGGAGCUCCCCCAGCCAGAGCUGGAGCCACGGAGCAGAAGGUGCAUGGUGGGCAUCAGCGUCAUCCCCGAGGGAUCCAACAGCAGUGAGGAGGAGGAAGAAGAGCAGGACCUGCAAAGGGACGACAGCGACUCGGACGGGCCAGUGCUUUAUAAGGAUGAAGAUUCAGACGAGGAUGAGGAGGAUGAGCCGCCACCCAGUGCUUUGGCCAGCAGGGUCAGAAGGAAGGACACGUUAGCUUUGAAACUGAGUAACCGACAUGCCCCAGAGAAAGAUGCUCGGGAGGACAAGUCCAGCGGUCACACGGGAGGUCGCACUCCGGGACACACACACCAAGGGUCGACAGGGCUGACGUGGCAGAGCAGGGAGCAAUGGGAGGCCAUACGCACACAAAUAGGCUCUGCACUCACAAGGCGUCUCAGCCAGAGACCCAGUGCAGAGGAGCUGGAGCAGAGAAACAUCCUUCAACCCAAGAACCAGGUAGACAGGCAGGCGGAGGUCCGAGAGAUCAAACGUAGGCUCACCAGGAAGCUGAGUCAGAGGCCCACGGUUGCUGAGCUACAGGCCAGAAAGAUCCUGCGCUUCCACGAGUAUGUGGAGGUCACCACAGCCAAUGACUACGAUCGGCGCGCGGACAAGCCCUGGACCAAGCUAACACCCGCCGACAAGGCUGCUAUUCGGAAGGAGCUCAAUGACUUUAAGAGCUCUGAAAUGGAGGUUCAUGAAGACAGUAGGAUCUAUACAAGGUUCCACCGGCCUUAGCAUCCACCCCAUACUGGAAAGCACGUACUUAACCAGCGGCCGGCAGAGUCUCUGGAGAGGAGUCGCGGGGUCUUGGUGCUCCCUAAACAGACUGCCUUUUUAUGUUGCUGAAUGUACUGUACAGAUCAUCAAGGAAGGCCCGGGAAUUGACUCAACUAAAAACAGGGGGACUGAGGACCAGAUGCAGUAUUUCUCCCGGACAGUAGGGGAGCCAAGUGCCAACAAAGUGGAGAGGUGGCAGAGGGGCUUGACCGAUCGGGCUGACUGGGAGACACUCUGCCAACGUGUGUUAUCCCUCAGGGACUUGGUUCCACUGACAACGACAUUUUGCAGCCUCUUUCGAUGUUGCCUUUUUUUCUGCUUUUACUCUGUAUGGCACAGUUAACCCAUGUUGCAGAGAUGUAAAUGUAAUAACAUUACAGUAAUAAUAGUCAUAAUAAAGACGGCUACAAUAAUAAACAAUAAUAAAUGUUAGAGACUUGAAGCUGCAGAAGAGGACGAGGAGGAAGAAAACUGUGGGAUUUGCCAUUCCCAAGACUGGAAAAGCUCUGGGAUAAUUGUGUACUUGUGUAUAGAUUGCUGUGAUUUCUUAGACUGAAACUUUGGAGAGUUCUAAUAAUGACAACUGUAAUGCAUAAUAUUUUGAUCACAUCAGAAAUUACCGCUUUUAUUUGAACCUGUUUUAUAGUGUGCAUUUGUACAUUUUAGUCAUUUAGCAGACGCUCUUAUCCAGAGCGACUUACAGGAGCAGUUAGGGUUAAGUGCCUUG